AUGCUGUCGAGGCUUGCUAGACGUGAAAAGCUACAGCAGUUGAAAGAGGCCAGGAGAACCGGUGGAAAUGUUGCCCUGGCUCAAGAUGAAGAGACCGAUUUCAACGAGAUAUACGACGAAGUGGACGAAGACACCUAUCGAGAACAAAAGAGGAAGCAAUUGAUGGAAGAUGAUUUUGUUGUGGACGACAACGGAGAAGGAUAUGUUGACCAUGGGGCCGACGAGUGGGACGAGGCGUCAAGGCCCAAUUACUACUCGGAUGAGGACGACGACGAGGAAGACAAGGACGUUCGCCAAACGUUUAAGAGACGGAGACAGAACCGGGACGGUCAGCGGCCGGUGAAGGUGGCGAAGACUGCUACAAUCAACAAAUUUUUCAAGCCGUCCAGUGGUGUCGAAGUCGCCAAGAAGGCCAGCACCAACAUCGACGAUAUUCUUGACGAUUUCCACGACGAUAAAGAAAAGAAACGACCCGGAGUGCCCAAGCCGUUCUCCGCCUCUAGUGCAAAGAACACCGAAACCAAGAAAAAGAAGAACCAAAAGGCGGCCUUUGGUUUCUCGACGGUGGCCCACAAACAACCCAAGUCUAAAGUGGCUGCAUUCAAUGCCUCGUCUGACUACACAAUGGAUUUUGAUGAUUUUGAACAGCCGUCUUCGCCGAUCAAGACAGAUGACAACCGUGCUAGAGACAAUUUCAGCCCGCUUGCUUCUUCACCAAGUAAACAACUGCAACACGAUGUCCAGGAAGUGCAAGUAGAGGCACCGGUAAAACAAGAGCCACUGUCAGCACAGCUAGGGGAGGAAAGUGACUCGGAGGAUGACGUUAUAGUCACAAAACGAGCAAGAGUCUCGGCGGUGAAAAGAGCAGCCAACGAGGCUAUCGUUUCAUCUGUCAAACCGUCACCAGUUGUGACAGCUCUGACGGCUCUGUCUUCCCUGCCUGUCUCGGCAGCUCCCAAACAUAGCGUCGCAGUGUUCCAGAACCACACUGAAAAACUUGACCAAGGUAGGAUCGAUGAUGAGAACGGGAAAUUCAAAAUGUUUUGGAUGGACUAUGCUGAAGUUGACAGCUCGCUCUUGUUGUUUGGGAAAAUAAAAACCAAAGAUGGCAAACUUGCAUCGGGAGUCAUCCAAGUGAAUGGUCUUUGCCGUGAGCUAUACAUCUUGCCAAAGAAAAGUCGAGUCAUUGGUGGUGAAGAAGACGUAGACGAUGAAAUGCAAACUAUUACACCCGAUGAUGUGCGCGAGGAAAUCACCCCAAUUUUCAUGGAGAACUAUAAGCUCAACACGCUUAGAGCCAAAGCUGAAACCAAAAAGUAUGCGUUUGAAUUGGCACAUAUUCCAAAGGAAGCCGAGUACUUGAAAGUGCUCUUGCCGUACAGCGCCGCGACUAACAGGAACGCGUUACCGGCAGACGUGGAAGGUGAAACUUUCAAACACAUUUUCGGCACCAACACCAACAUGUUUGAGUCCUUUGUCACCCAGCGAAAUAUCAUGGGCCCCUGUUGGCUCGAAGUAGAAGGAGGAGAUUUCGAAGCUAUUCAGAAUUCAUCGCAUUGUCAAGUCGAGGUCUCGGUCGCUCUGCCGAACAAGAUUACCCCGAUAAAUUCAAAUGCCCCACCCACGCCAAAUUUGACGUGCACAUCCAUCUCAGUCCAGACACUACUCGACCCCAAGAGGAACAAACAAGAGGUGGUUUCCGUCUCGUUAGCGACGUAUUUCGAUCUACCACAGGAUGCGCCGAUCCCGGAAAAUUUAAAGCCAAACGACUGUGUCACGUUUGUGAGACCUCUUGGAGCCGGGCUGUCGUUUCCUCCUGGUAUUGCGCAAAUAGCCCGCAAGGAGAAUUUCCAGUUGAAGACGUGUCCAAAUGAAAAAGUUUUGUUGAAUGCCGUGGCAGCCAAGAUAAAAAUGUUGGACCCGGACGUUUUCAUCGGGCACAGGAUGGAGAACAUUUCCCUUGAUGUCUUGGUGCAUAGGAUGCAUGAAAACCUGGUGAUGACGUGGUCUGCCCUUGGACGUAGGAACAGGAAGCAAUGGCCACAGUCUAUCAACAACAGCAACAAUAAUAAAAAGUCUAGUUUCAACAACAAUUUACUUAUUAGAGAGGUGUUUCAAGGGAGACUAUUGUGCGACAUUGCCAAUGAGAUGGGCCAAUCCUUGACCACCAAAUGCCAAUCUUGGGACUUGUCGGAAAUGUAUGACGUAGUUUGCCACAAGAAGCACGAGCCGAUGGAUGUCAGCUUCCAGAAUCCACGGUUUGCAGAAGAUGCAACCUUGUUGAUAUUGGCCCUCAAGGAGAAUGAGUUCAAUGUGAGGAUCACCGGUGAGAUUGCUUUUGCUAUUCAGAUUCUCUCGUUGUCGAAGCAGUUGACCAACAUUGCAGGCAACGCCUGGUCUCACACGUUGAGUGGUACAAGAGCUGGUCGAAACGAGUAUAUUUUGUUGCACGAGUUUAGGAAAAACAAUUACAUUGUGCCGGACAAGGAGGACAAGUUUCACAAGAAUACCUCGUUUGAACAACAAGCAAAAUUGGAGAAUGUCACCGAUGAAGUGUCAACACACACGUCCAACAAAAAGCCGAAAUACCAAGGUGGUCUUGUUUUUGAGCCGGAAAAGGGGCUCCAUAAAAACUAUACCUUGGUUAUGGAUUUCAACUCCUUGUACCCCAGUAUCAUCCAAGAGUUCAACAUCUGCUUCACGACAAUUGAUAGAGACGCGUUCAACGUCACGCAUGAUGAAGACAGAGACAUGCCCAGUAUCCCGGAGAAUGACGCCGAGGCUGGCGUUUUGCCGCGCUUGUUGAACACCUUGGUGACGCGUCGUCGCGAAGUCAAAAAGUUGUUAAAGGAUCCCAAAAACACCCCAUUCCAAAGAGCGCAAUACGAUAUCAAGCAGCAGGCACUCAAAUUGACAGCCAACUCCAUGUACGGUUGCUUGGGGUAUGUGAAUUCCAGGUUCUACGCCAAACCAUUGGCGAUGUUGGUCACCAACAAAGGAAGAGAGAUUUUGAUGGACACUAGACAGUUGGCAGAAUCAAACGGAUUGAGAGUGGUGUAUGGUGACACCGACUCGGUGAUGAUCGACACUGGUGCUACUAGCUUCAACGAUGCCAUCAAAGUCGGCGAAGAGUUCAAGGUGCAGGUCAAUGAGCGAUACAAAUUGUUGGAGAUUGACAUUGACAAUGUGUUCAAAAGGCUAUUGCUACACGCAAAGAAGAAGUACGCCGCCAUGACUGCAUCUAUCGAUCGAUCAAAUGGGGAAGAAGUCACAGCACUAGAAGUGAAGGGGCUCGAUAUGAGGAGACGGGAGUAUUGUCAGCUUUCCAAGGAAAUAUCAACAUAUGUUUUGAUGAAAAUAUUGUCGAGCGAAGAUUCAGAGAACGCCUUGUCGGAAAUCUACUCGCACUUGGAAGAAAUGAGGGACAAGAUCAUGGCCCACGAGAUUCCUCCCAUCAAGUUCAAAAUCAAUACCAAAUUGUCUAAAGAUCCAUCCUCGUACCCCAAUGGGAAAAGCAUGCCACAAGUUCAAGUUGCUUUGAGAUUAAAGGAGCUGGGGAAAGUGAUUAAAGCUGGCAGUGUCAUCACCUAUGCUAUCACCGCGCCAGUCCUCGGCGAGGAGGACAAUUUGUCAGUUGCCGAGAGGGCUAGAGCCAUCAAUGAUCUUUUGGAAAAAGGGUCCAAGUACAAGCCUGAUCCUGUUUACUAUCUUGAGAAACAAAUCUUUGCACCUGUGGAGAGGUUGUUGGACAAGAUUGAGUCGGUAGACAUGGUCCGCGUGGCCUCUUCUUUGGGAAUUGACACCAAAAGGUACAUCUUGAAAAUCAAGAAUGGGGAUACUGAUAUCGCCUCGAUGGAAUCAAACAUAUCGGACACCGAGAGAUUCAGACAGUCGAGCUACUUGGUCUUGCGUUGCAAAUGUGGGCACCAAUUCAGAUUUGGUGGGAUCCAGGCCUCCAAGGACUACCAAGUAAAGUUUAAUGGAAUCGUUUGCUCGAAAUGCGACUUUACGUUCCCGCUCCUACGCGUCACGGCACAGUUGGAGCACACGAUACGCACCCACAUUUCCUUGUACUAUGCCGGCUGGCUAGUGUGCGACGAUUCAUCGUGCGGCAUAACCACCCGCCAGAUUUCCGUUUACGGCAAGCGAUGUAUCGGUGCCUCGGGAAAAGGGUUGGAUUGCAAAGGAGUCAUGAGCUACAGGUACUCCGACCGGGCGUUGUACAACCAGCUACUCUACUUUUUGUCAAUUUUCGACGUUGACAAGACCAAGCUGAAGAAAUUGAGGCCCAUCACGGAUGCUCUUGAACGCGUGGUGGAUGACGGCAAGGACGUGGAGUUGGCCGCAGGUCAGGUCGAGGCAUUGGCCGAGCAGAAUAAAGACGCGUUUGCUUGUUGUCAGGACGUGGUGCAAAAGUAUUUGAGUGAGUGUGGACGUCGCUACGUCAAUAUGGGGUCGAUUUUUGACUUUAUGGGUGCAUAG